CACUGCUUCCUCCCCCAUCAUUCAUCAAAGCAGUUUCCCCUUUCCUUCCUCUUCCUCUUCACAUGUGAAACCUAGAAACAAAAUACUGCAGUAUAUGCCAUUUUCCUGAAAACCGUCUGCGCCGAACUCCAAACAGAGCUGCGUUCCUUGUACACACAGAUAUAAUUUAGCAAAGGAGGCCGGAGGAAUCGAGUCCAGUGACUUCUUCGUUUACUGCUUCAGCUCUUGGAAUUUUUCUCAUUGACCUCUUUUAAUUUCUGCUAUUUCUUUAAUUUCUCUUUCGGUUUUUGGGGGUGAUUAUGGGAAAUUGCUUUGGUUCUUCCUCCGCUAGGGUUGACGCCACUCUCAGCACCCCUUCUGAAGCGUCGAGAUUUGCGAGCAAAACGAGCGAAUUGUCGGUUCCUUCCACCAUAAGCAUUCCAUCGUACAACAGCAAAAGCAGCAUCGAGAGCCUUCCGACUCCACGAUCAGAAGCCGAAAUAUUGUCGUCCCCGAAUGUGAGGGCGUUCUUGUUCAACGAGCUAAAGAAUGCUACAAGAAACUUCCGGCCCGACAGUCUUCUCGGAGAAGGAGGAUUCGGCUACGUCUUCAAAGGAUGGAUCGACGAAAGCACACUCACGGCUGCCAAGCCCGGGUCGGGAUUGGUCAUUGCGGUCAAGAAAUUGAAGCCCGAGGGAUUCCAGGGCCAUAAGGAGUGGUUGACGGAAGUUAAUUACUUGGGACAGCUUCACCAUCCGAACCUGGUUAAACUUAUUGGUUACUGCUCAGAAGGCGAUAAUCGACUCUUGGUGUACGAAUUCAUGCCCAAAGGGAGCCUCGAAAAUCAUUUAUUCAGAAGAGGGUCGCAGCCUCUCUCGUGGGCUACCCGGAUCAAAGUCGCAAUUGGUGCCGCCAAGGGACUUUCGUUCUUGCACGAUGACGAGCAGCAAGUUAUAUAUAGAGAUUUUAAGGCUUCCAACAUUCUUCUUGAUUCGGAAUUCAAUGCAAAGUUGUCCGAUUUUGGCUUGGCCAAAGCCGGCCCGACUGGCGAUAGGACACAUGUCUCGACUCAAGUUAUGGGCACACAAGGCUAUGCUGCGCCCGAGUACGUCGCCACAGGUCGCCUGACGGCAAAAAGCGACGUCUACAGCUUUGGUGUCGUGCUGCUCGAACUGCUAUCCGGGCGACGUGCGGUGGACAAAACGAAAAUCGGGGCCGAGCAAAACCUAGUCGAGUGGGCAUUACCGUACUUGGGUGACAAGCGAAAAGUGUUCCGGAUAAUGGACAUAAAACUCGAAGGCCAAUACCCGCAAAAAGGUGCGUACACGGCCGCCACCGUCGCGCUGCAGUGCUUAAGCCACGAGCCGAAGCAACGGCCGCGAAUGCCGGAUGUCUUGGCGACGCUCGAAGGUCUCAAAUCUCUGAAAAGCUCGACCAAACACUCGAAAAUGGAUAACCCGGCAAUGUCGCCGAUGAAUAGGACCCCUUUGGCGUCCCCUAUGGUCGCCGCCGGGAGGGUUGCCCGGGUCCGGUGAGGCUCUUGCCGGAUUCCGGCAGGACUCCGAUUGGUAUGUAAAUAUGUUAGUUAGGUUGGCAUAUUAUUGCUGUGUGGUGGUGUUGGAUUUGAAUCGUUUGAUUUGAGUGUAUAAACUUGUGAUGUUUCGAUACAACUGGUGAGGUGUAAGUUAAAGAUCCAUAUAUGUUUAUAUAUAUAUGGAUUGAGUUUUCUUACAUUGUUGAAUUAUAGUAUUAAUUGUAUUUAUGUUGAUCUGAUCAAAUUAGCUUUAUGUUC